AUGGAAGAUAUUAGGACGGCGACAAAACUAAUAACUGAAGGGUCUUUUAUGGCCAAUAUUGAUUUGCAGGAUGCUUAUUUUUUAGUCCCAAUCCAUGCUAGCCAUAAAAAAUAUUUACGAUUUUAUUUUGAAGGUCUAUACGAAUUCACUGCACUCCCGUUUGGAUUAUGUUCUGCGCCUUACAUAUUUACAAAAAUUUUACAGCCCGUUAUGACUCACUUAAGAGCUCGUGGUUUUAAAUCAGUACGCUAUUUGGAUGAUAUACUUUUACUAGGAGACUCGGAAGCGAUUUGUUUGAAUAAUAUAAGUAAUACUAAAGAAUGCCUUACAAGCUUAGGUUUUGUAAUAAAUUAUAAAAAGAGUAGUUUGAAAACAAGUACUUCGUGUACUUUCCUAGGAUUUGUUCUCGAUUCCAAGUCGAUGACUUUGCAAUUACCCGAUCGAAAAAGAAAUAGUAUACUCAAAAAUUUAGAGAUGUUACUCACUACUAAAUCUAUACGCAUUCGAGAAUUUGCGCGAGUUCUCGGUUCCCUUACUGCUGCAUGCCCUGCCAUUUCCUAUGGAUGGCUACAUACGAAGUCACUAGAAAGAGCUAAAUAUAUGGCACUUCAGCGUAAUGCAGAUAAUUACAAUGCUUUUAUGGCUAUUCCAAAUAAAUUGCACGAUGAUUUGAUAUGGUGGAAAAAUCAUAUUCUAAUAGCUAGUAAUCGUAUUAGACAACAUAAAUAUGAAAUGGAACUAUUUACUGACGCUUCAUUGACAGGAUGGGGUGCCGCCUGUCACAAUGAGAAGGCUGGUGGUUUGUGGUCUCGCAUUGAGCGUACUAACCACAUAAAUUAUUUAGAAUUACUAGCCGUUUAUCUCGGACUGAAAUCAUUCGCUAACACAAAAAAAGAUUGUGAUAUUAUUUUGCGUGUCGACAAUACAACAGCGAUCUCGUACAUUAAUAGGAUGGGCGGAGUUCAAUACCCGCAUUUAAAUCAUAUUGCAAAUAUAAUAUGGAAAUGGUGCGAGGAAAGGAGAAUAUUCAUUUUUGCUUCAUAUAUUAAAUCUACAUUAAAUACUGAAGCCGAUAGAGAAUCGAGGAACCUAAAUAUUGAUACUGAAUGGGAAUUAGCGUCGUAUGCAUUUUCAGAAAUAGUAUAUACAUUUGGUAAACCAGAUAUAGACCUUUUUGCAUCUCGUGUUAAUACUAAAUGCCCUAAGUACAUAUCGUGGAAAAGAGAUCCCGAUGCUUAUAAUAUUGACGCUUUUACUUUGGACUGGUCUACUUAUUUCUUCUAUGCAUUUCCUCCUUUCGCUAUAAUAUUAAAGGUACUAAACAAAAUUAUACAUGAUAGAGCUACAGGCAUAGUGGUUGUACCACAAUGGCCAUCACAGCCUUGGUACCCCCUUUUUAAAUCAUUAUCUGUAACGAAACCUUUCAGUUCACCCGCUACAUGGUCAACUUUUCUUGGUAGCGAGCGUGUUAUCCGGGAAGGAUUUUCCAAGCAGGGAGUACCAAAAGCAGCUGUAGAUGUUAUGAUCUCUUCCUUGUCUCGGAAUACUAUAUCGCAGUAUAAUUCCAGUCUAAGAAAAUGGUGGGAAUAUUGUAAUCAGAAUCAUUGUAUUGGUCGUCGCCAACCGGUAUUGAAUCUACCGUUUUUUAAUUCUAGACCUAGUAUUUGCCCAGCUGCCACACUUAAGUUUUAUGUAGCAUCAACUUCUUUUGUAAGACCUAAUGAUGUGGACCAUUUAAUUUUAACUAGUAGGAAACCAUAUAAAGCCGUCUCAUCUCAGACGUUAGGGCGUUGGAUAAAACUAACUCUUCAAGAGAGUGGCAUUGAUACUUCCAUAUUUGGUGCCCACAGUACAAGGCACGCUUCUACCUCUGCCGCUUCACGUGCAGGACUAAGUGUCGAUGUCAUUCGUAAGGUUGCUGGUUGGUCUGACCAAUCAGCAGUAUUUGCCAAUUUCUAUAAUAGGCCAAUUAUUGAUACCACUUCUAACUUAUUGAUUAAUUAG